AUGGUUUUGUCUCCUCAGAGAGAUCCCAACCUGAAGUCAGACCGGGAGGACGUCCGAGAGGGACACAGUGGAGAGCCCGGCCAUGGUCCUGGGCCAAGGGGGACACAGGUCCCACCUGACACGGGUCCCCAGGACACCGUGGAGUGGAGAGCCCGGCCCAGGGGUCUCCUGCUCAUCGUGGAGCCCAGCGUGAGUCUGGGCCCCAGGACUGGACGGCUGCUGGGCCCCGGGGGUCACGGGCAGAGGGGCGCGGAGGGCAGGUGGGGACCCAGCGUCCCCGAAGGCCCGGGCACCGGGAAACAACCUGAGGCGCCCUGGUAUCGGGAGAACGACGGGUCCUUCAGCCUUCUGGGCCCGGCAUUCCCUCCUAAGGGGCAGAAGACCGGGGCCUGGGAGGCCGCAGGAUCACGGGGCGAUGGCAGGCCGUUCUCAGAGCCCAGCCGUGGCUCCGGAGGGCCGGCGCAGCGCACCGACUCCCUGGUUCACCCACUGACCCCGGAGCCCCCGGGGACGGGGCUUCUGGAGCCUGAUGGCUGGCGUGAAGAGGGGCCCCGCCCGGCCCCCCCCGCCCAGGAUCUGCCAUCCUCACCCCCAGACCCCACUCCGGGGGCACUGCAGGCCGGAGGCCCGGGCCCAGCUCCUCUCAGAUGGUGGCAAGAUGUCUCAGAGGACCGAGAUGGCAGCUGCCACCCGACCACGGGGCCUGCGGGCAGAACGGUGCUGAGCGGCAGCUCCCGGCAGCAUCGGCCGGCAGGGAGGGAGGCAGGGAGGCAGGGAGGGGGCUCCGUGCCUCAGCCUGGGGCAGGUGGAGAGCUGAGCGCGCCUCCCGGAACCCCUGCAGCUCCAGGGCAGCCGGGGGAGCGGCGGCCUGACUGCCCGUCGCCCCUGGCGUGCUGGGAAACGGGCUUGCUGGCUCCGGAGGCCCGGGGGUCCGGGGGUCCGGGGGUCCGGGGCCAGGCGGAGCCACUGUCUUCAGGGAGGCCCCCGGCACGCUGGCCCGGCCUCCUGUCAGCUCCUCUGGACCAGGGGAGACUAAAGCCGGGCCGCUGGCCGCAGUCCUGGUCCUUCAUCCGCGCGGCCGAGGGCGUCCACGCCCGCCUGGCCUCCUGCUCCUGCUGGACACGAGACGCUGUCAGGGCCGCAGCCGGUCACCGCCACCCCCUGCUGGGGGCCCAGCUCGCUCCCCGCGUCUGCUGGGCCGACCUCGAUAGGCUCCUGGGAGGGACGCUGCCCCGCUGCCCCGCUGCCCCGCUGCCCCCGCUGCCCUCGGUGGGUGUGCCACUGUGUCCCGCCCUGGAGGAGUCAGCAGCCGGCCCGCGCCGGCCGCAGAUUCCCGGUGUGGCCCCCACGGCCCUGGCGGCGGCGAGGGCCCCGGCGGCGGCUACAUCGGGAACCCUCUUUGUCUCCGGGAGAGAGAGAAAGAGGAAGGAAGAUAGACACCGUCAGAGUAGGACGGGAGACGGCGCGAGAGGCGCGGCCGCGAGCGUCCCGGAGCCCCCGGCUCCGCCCUGCGCAGAGGACGGGGUGGAGAGCGAGGAGGACCUUGUGUGGCCGGCAGGGGCGGCGGCCGGUGCGGGGGCCCCGGGAGCCUGCCGGGCCGGCGGUGGCUCUGGGCCCCGUGGGUUACGGCGGGUGCUGGCGAGCCUCACUGUAGCUCAGAAACCACAGGCUCAGGCGCCAUGGGGCUGCCCGGGCUGCCCUGGCACACCGCCCCGGGGGCUGCCCUGGCACACCGCCCCGGGGGCUGCCCUGGCAUACCGCUGGCGGAUUCAAGGCGCAGAUUACGCGGGCGACACUGAGGGACUCACCACGGCGGGCCACGCCCCGUCCCCCCUUGGGAGUGUGCCUUCCCGGGGCCCGGCCAGCCCUCUCACCGGGGAGCCUGGAGGGUCUGGGCAGGCGGCUGACCGGAGGCUGCCGCCCCAGGGUGCGGCGGCCCAGCUCACGGAGGCUCGCCAGGUGCCCCCGCGGCUGCUGAGCGAGGGGGUGGACGGCCAGCGGCAGGACGGCGGGGGUCGGGGGUCACCGAGUCCCCCGGGCCGGCGGGAGCAGCCCGGCCUUGCGUGCUCUUGGCCCCCAGCCUCCGAGGCCCUGAGGCCUGGGGGCGGGGGUGGGGGUCCCCUCGGCCGCCUCGGGCCUCGGGGCUGCCCACUCUGUGCCCGCCCGGGUCUUCGUCGGCAGCGGGAAGCGCGGGGGCUGCGGGUGGGCCCCACCGCGGCUGGCCGGAGCCCCUGGCGGCGCUUGGGCCUGGGACGGGCGAUCACCCUCGGGCUGAGAACGGCUCCUGGAGCCCGAGGACCUGAGAUCCACGCCGCCGCGGCUGGGGCCCGGCUCAGGCCGGCUCUCCAGGGCGGCCCUGCGGGCGGGGCCCCGGCGGACGGGAGCCCCCAGCGGCGUGGAGGAGCCCCAGGCCUGGCGGCCCGGCUGGGCCACGGCUCCCUCCGAGCAGAGGGGCCGGUGAGCAGCAGAGGGCGCUGGCGCGGCCUGGGCCGCAGGAGGAAGCAGGAAGCGGUCGGGCGGGAGCCGGCCCUGGGUGGCUGCCGUCUCCUCAGCUUCCAGCACCCCGGAUUGAAGCUGCGGGGCCUGACCCUGCCCCCAACGUGGACGGGGCAAAGAGCGGCCACGAGCGACCCUGCCCGCGUGGCCGCUGACCGCGCCGCCCGGGCCGGAGGCUGCCCCGGUCCCCGGCCCCCUGCCCUGGGGCCUCGGAGACGCUGGGCUCCCGGUGGCUCCCUCGACCUUUGA